UGUCAAUUACCUGUGGCCUCCCGCCUCCCCUUGUCCGUCUCCAAUCCACCCAUUUUUUUUCUGAAACUCUCUCUCUCAUAAUCGCUUUCUUUCCUUCCUCUUUCUCAGGCAUAAAGGAAGGCACAGGAUAAGAAAGUGAAAUCUCUCCACCUUCUUCAUCGGUUAGGAAGGAACUAAAUUAAGAAAAGGAAUUAAUGGAUGUUACCCCAAAGACACAGAUCUUCCAAAUCGAGCUCCACACUUCUUCAGAGCAUCGAUCAAUUAGUUUAACGACAAUGUCGUCGUUGCUGCAAUUCCUCCUCCAGUUCGUAUUCUUACUCUACAUUUCCAUUAACGGAUCCUCAACGAAUCCCUCCAAAGAAUCAUCUGUGAUUCACUUUGAUAUGAUUCACAAACACGCCCCAGAGCUCAUGGGUGGGAAGAUCUUAAGCCGCUCCGAUCGCAUCAAAGAGCUCCUCCAUGGCGAUAAGGUUCGCAUGGAGAUGAUCUCUCACAAGGGCAAGCUCAGGCAUGAGUUAGGAGCAAGAAGAAGGGCGUCUCGCCUGCACGGUAGUGGCCAUCAUGGCUAUGGCCAUGGCCAUCACAAGGAUAACUUUUCCUUCUCUCUUCCAAUGUUGUCUGGGAUCUAUGCCAGUACAGCUACCUAUUAUGUACCGUUCAGAGUAGGUACUCCAGCCCAGAAAUUCCUAUUGGUAGCAGAUACGGGUAGCGACAUCACCUGGGUGAAUUGCCACACGGAACAUUCUAGAACAUCCCACGCAGAACAUUCUAGAAGGAAACAUUUAAGAACCUUCCAUUCAGAACGUUCUAGAACCUUCCGAACUGUACCCUGUUCUACAAAAUUAUGUCGAGAAGGUUUCAUCCCUUUAAUGUCUACGGUAAAUUGUCCGACGCCUAAAUCACCGUGUACCUACUCGUACGGGUACACUAAUGGGGCAUUUGCUAAUGGCAUUUUUGCUCAUGACUCCGUGACGGUCAACUUAAUCAACGGUCGUAAGAAGAAGAUCCCUGGGAUCUUAAUUGGUUGCACACAUCAAUGGAAGUCAAUGAAUCCCAUUGGUCUAGGUAACGCAGACGGUAUCUUGGGUCUAUCAAUGAACACCCAUACCUUUGUCUUUAACGUCUUGAAGAAGUUCCGUGGGAAAUUUUCUUACUGUUUGGUAGACCACUUGAGCCCAAAGAACAUAUCAAAUUUCCUCACAUUCGGCCACAAGAAGAUGCCUCCGAACAUGAAAUUCACCGAAUUGGGCAAUUCGGUAGACUUGUACGGUGUGACGGUGGACGGAAUUUACGUCGACGGUGUGAAAUUGGAUAUACCCGGCGAGGUUUGGAAUCUUGAUACCGGUCGAGGAAUGGUGGUUGACUCCGGUUUUAGUUUGACCGCUUGGGUUCAAGAGGCAUAUGAUCCGAUCAUGGCAGCCCUUGAGAUACCAUUACUGAAAAGGUUCUCAAGGGCUGAGUUUGAUGGCUUUGAGUCCUGCUUUGAGGUCCCAAGUGAAGACAAAGAGGGACGAGAGUUAGUGUUGGAUGAGUCUUUAGUGCCUAAGUUGGAGAUUGAGUUUAAGUUUGGGGCUCGAUUUCAGCCACCUGUUAAGAGCUAUUUUCUUGACGUAGAUGAUGGGGUGAGGUGUAUUAUGUUUACUGAGGCGCCAGAUAAUGAAGGCGAAGGAAAUUACGUCUCUAUCCUUGGAAACAUAAUGCAACAGAAUUACAUGUGGGAGUUCGAUACCUUGCGGAAUCGAUUGGGAUUUGCACCUUCCUCUUGUGAGCUUCGCCAUCACCACCAUCAAAAGUUACCAUAA